AGUAAAAAUACUCUUGCAGCUUUACUGUUGUGUCCUGCUUCUAACUUCCCAUCAAAUUGCAUCUUCUUUUUUUUUUUUCCCAUCUUUGUUGCUUCUCAACAACAGCAACAAAAUUUUCCCUUUUUCCUGCUUCGUAGUGGGAACAAUCUGAAACUGAAUUCAGGGAUUGAGGAGAAGCCUCUGAUCAAGUCAAGUAUGGGAUCAGGUGAUUGGUUUAAAACAUUUAUUAGCUUAAAGAAAGUGAAGGAAGACGGAUCUAAACACGGAAAGGGAAAAUCUGCGCCGGCCCAAAAAGCAAAUGGGUCCAUGUGGAGGUAUCUCUCUGGUAAAGAGUCCACGGCUCUGGCUAUCGCAAAUGGAUCGUCCAGUAAGAGGUCCAGAAGGAGGGGAAUUACAGAGGAUACUGCUGCCACUCGAAUUCAGACUGCCUUCAGGAGAUAUGUGGCAAGUGCAAGGAAAGCGGUACAUCGACUAAGAGCAAUAGGAAGAUGUAGAGGUGCUAUAGCUGCUUUGACCGCCGAAAAGCAAGCAUCUUCUGCUCUGAUCCAUAUACAUUUUUGGAACAAAAUGCAAGCUGAGAUUAAAGCUCGUCGACAAGGGAUGGUCAACGAAAACCGAAUACAGCAGAAGAAGCAAGAAAACAGGCUGAAACUUGAGGCUAAGCUUCAAGAACUAGAGGUUGACUGGUGUGGUGGCUCUGAAACCAUGGAAGAAAUUCUCCAAAGGAUACAACAAAGAGAAGUUGCAGCUGUUAAAAGGGAACGUGCCAUGGCUUAUGCCUUUUCUCAUCAGUGGAGGGCGAAUUCUAGCCACUACUUCGGCCAGGCUUAUUAUGAUCUCGGAAAAGAUAGCUGGGGAUGGAGCUGGAAAGAGAGGUGGAUAGCAGUUCGUCCAUGGGAAACCAGAGUUCUAGCCAACUCAAAGAAAGUUCAUUCCAAGCAGGGAGACAGAGUAUGGAAAACCACAAGCCCUGCUGCCAUGAAACUCGUUGUCACAGUUAAACCCUCAUUAUUCAACGGGAAAGGUUUGCAUCAGGCAAGACAACUCCCUGACCAUAUCAUCGAGAAGCAAGCUAGCCAAAAAACUUAAAAGAGCCAAUUAAUGAUUCAGAACAUGGGGCCAAAAAACCCAAAAAAAAAAAAAAAAAAGAAGAAGUUACAAUACCGGUUCUGCGUAAAUUAUUCUGGCUUGGUGUGCGACGAAAUUGAAGAAAACGGCCCAUCAUUUCUGUACAGAACAAAGGGAAGACCUGUUGAGAUAAUCCUACAUUACUAUUAUAUACUAUAUUGCUAAUUAUGUCGAUGAUGAUAUUUUACGUCGUUUUGUGAGAUAUUCGUACAUGACCUGGAUCGAGUACAAUAAGUGUGUACUAGCGUACAAACAUUUGUUCGACUGAUAGAUACUUCUGCAAUAAUCAGGUGUUUUGGGUCCUUGGGAGGAUGGAUAAAUUAAUUUCAUGUCCUGUUUUUACCUGAUUAAUGGUCCAACCCAAUGGAAAAGAUAGCUCUUUUCGCAUUAUUUAUGUUGUCCAUAUUUCAUUUAAGAACCUAAAAGCAGUACGAUCCAACUAAUAAAUUCAGCGCAUAGAAUCUCGUACCGCUUACUGUUGUGUUUCCAUUCAGUGGCUGCAAACGAGUACCAAACAUCACCUCUCCAACAGCAUUUGAGGGUAUUUUAUGAAGAAGAACUAAUAACAUUUGAGGGUCUUUGCUAAUACGAACUGCCCUUUUCUCAAUCUACAUAAUCUCUCAAUCACAUAUAUUCUGCAAAUCCAAACGAGGUACACACCCUCCUGUAUAGUACUCAUCGACCAUAAAGAAGUACCAACAACCAUGAGCAAUUGUCACCAUCUUAACAGCAGCCAAGUCCUAUAUUUUUCUUCCUUUUCCCCAAAAGAAAACGAAAUUCCAGCGAAAUUUUGAGAUUUUUAUGAGGCACAGAGAUUUGCAGAUGUAGGGGACCAUGAACCGUGCCAAAUACUACAAUUUGGUGGCAUCCAUCUCUAUAUCUUUCCAUAAUUGAGCUUCGUCAUCUCAUUUCACCCAUAAUAAUUGCUAGGUUCCUCAAUUCCUCAUGCAGCUGACCUUCACUUGGCCCCACAGCUUCUGUUCCCUCGUUUCAUCCAUCUACCAUACCCUUUAAUUACAGAACAUUACCUUAGAUUCCUCAACAACUUGACUUUGAUGCUAAACCAACCUUGACAGACCUACAACUAUGAUUCAAAUCCACCUCCCUCUUACACAAUCUAGAUCCUGCAGUGAAAGCAACAGCUAAAACGUCUAAAUUAAUAUUCACUUUUUCGAGUAAUCGUAAAUGGACUCGAGAAAUUAAAGGCUUUCAACACCUCUCCUCAAAUCACUUGCUGCUAAAGAGGAUAUUUUGGGACUCAUUCAAUGUGGUCAAUCUAUACCAGAAAGGCUCAAUGGCUUGUAAGACGAAAUUAAUGAGAAUCAUUGUGCCAGAAUGACUGUAAAAGAUACAAAACUUCGAAGCAAAUUGAAUUGUAUGCUCAGCUAUCUGCAGUAGCCAGGUACUCUUGACUCUUAAUGACUCCGCUGUGCAUUGAAAAUGACCUGUCUUGCAGUGCUCCCAAAACUUCAAGCAUCGAUAGAGAUGUAAAACAUCAGUCAUUCUAUCAAUUCUCUUUGUGGGUUAAGGAAGUUGCUGGAGCAUGAAAUAAUGCAUUACAAAGCUGUAUUGCAUCAAAUUGCCAAGAAAGAACCUUUUUUUCUUUUUAAUAGAAAGGACUGUUUCAUCUGCAUGAUGAAUUGACCAACCCCAUUCGUUAAUUGUCCAUCUUUUUCGAGUUGAGAAAG